AUGAGGUUGAGGGGACUGGGCGCGGCAGUGGUUGAGGGGAGUGGGAGCGGCAGUGGUGCGUGCUGUAGUUGGUUGAGGGGACUGGGCGCGGCAGUGGUUGAGGGGAGUGGGAGCGGCAGUGGUGCGUGCUGUAGUUGGCUGAGGGGACUGGGAGCGGCAGUGGUAGUGUUGCAGUUGGUUGAGGGGAGUGGAGCGGCAGUGGUAGUGUUGCAGUUGGCUGCGGGGACUGGGAGCGGCAGUGGUACGUGUAGUAGUUGGCUGAGGGGACAGGGAGCGGCAGUGGUAGUGUUGCAGUUGGCUGAGGGGACUGGGAGCGGCAGUGGUAGUGUUGCAGUUGAGGGGACUGGGAGCGGCAGUGGUUGUGUUGCAGUUGGUGAGUGCGUUGCUAGGCUGAGGGGACUGGGAGCGGCAGUGGUUGAGUGGACUGGGAGCGGCAGUGGUAGUGUUGCAGUUGGUGAGUGCUUUGCUAGGUGA